CCACAGGAGAAUUGUGGGAUAUGUCCUGGUAACCAAAAUAUCCCACCACAACUUCCGCUGAAUACUUUACCGAUUAUUUUCAUGACCUGGAGUAGACUUUGGUGUUUUUGCUUUUAAACAGUAUUCAGAAGUAUAAUAUUCUACACUGUGAUUGAAACCAGCUUCCAUUUUGUGUCAAGGAAUGAUACACGAACGGGCACUGUUGUUAUAUGACGCGGAUGCGUAGUUUACAUCGCAUGCGUUAAGCGGUCAUCACCUCAAAUAGGAAAUGGAUAAUAAACAGACUUCGAAGAAAUCCUCGAAAAAGAGUGUUACAUCAAGUGAUAAAAACAAUAACAAAACCGGUAAUAAGAAGAAAAAGAAAAACAGAAAAUCGGCAAAUAAAUCAGACCAGAAAGACAGCGACCAGAGCCCAGAUAUCCUAGAAAUAGAAGGACUCGGGGCCUUGGAUAACACGCAAGGUGUUGAUUCAGAUUCUUCCCAUGCCUACCAGGAACCUGCCAGUCGAGGAGACGAGAAUGCCUCCAAGAAUCGACUGGAAAACGCCCCAACUGCCGUGGAAGUGGAGUCUAAGAAAGCGUCCUCCUCUGGUCUUCAAAUCAAUGUGUCUUCUAUGUCCAUAAAACCCUCCAAAUCACAGGACUCUAUCAGAGAACUGCCAGUGAAGGAGAACUCUUCCGCCAUGCUUUCAAAACAAAGAAGCAUGAUCUCCAAAAACAAUAAAUACAAAGUAAAUAUCACUAGUAACUCUUCUUUGAAACCGGGAUAUCAGUUUGGUGCUAAAUCUUUUCCAAGAAGGAACAACUCUUCCUCCAACCUUAACCAAAUGAAGAACGAGAGUUUACGGUGGGAAAACCCGGCCGAGGGAUCCGAUGAAGAGGAGGAAAGGAUAAAGUUAUACAAAAUAAACAGAAGGAAACGGUAUCUGGCAGCAGCUCAAGCUAAAGGGUUAGGCUGGGCAGCAAAUUACAAGAACGGAACGCCAGUGACAGAAGACUCAGGGAUAGAGUCCAAGGACUCCCGAGUGACAGGCAGGAACGAUAACCACUCACUGUCAGACUUCAGUCCCAUGAAAAGUCUAGCGCCAGUGGCUUCUAAUUCAGGCAUGGCCAUGGUUGAAUGUUGACAUCAUCUGAUCAUUAUGUUACUUUAUUUAUUGAUAUUCACUACAGCAUUAACACAUCUAUCAUCUACAAAUGUACGCACUUAUGUUUUAUAUAUAUGUUACAUGUCUUAUGUUAAUUCUUUCCUGUCAGUACACCUAGAAGGUAUCAUACAUGUAAAAUGGUUUCAAGGCUUUCAAAGUGAACAUACUCAAAUAAGUAUUGUAAUUUAACACUUCUUGUGCUUCUUGGUUAUAUAUAUACAUAUAUCCCUUGCCACAUGUUUGAUACGAUUUUAUGUUUCAUGUUAUUUGUGAUGUCUCCAUGAGACAAAGGUAAUGUUAAUUAUUUGUUAGGUUAUUAACAAUUUUAAUACACGUUUUACUAGUCAGCUGUUUGUAACUACAUGCAUAGUACAUAACCAUAUAAAAAUGAUAAAAAAUAUGAUUAUUAUGAUAAUUGUAUCGAAACCUCGGAAUGAAAUCAGUACACCAUGACCAAUGUGAGUAAAAUACCAAUUUACUUUGAGUAAUUAACCAUUCUUUCUAAGUUCAAAACAAUCUGACCAAUUUUGCUCUCCAAAUUAUUUGAAUUUGUUAAUAUCAUAAUAUGAAUUACAUUAUUAUACAUAUAUGUGCACUUUUAAUUGUCAUGAUUUUUUCAUUAUUUCACUGUGAAUUGAUUUAAUUUUUUUUCUAAUUUUGUUUCUUUAAAAUCUCCAAGUAUUGAACAAUUCAAGUAAGAUAAUCUUUUAUUGCAUUUUGCUAAAAUUGUAACUUUUCUACAAUUCCAAUUUCACAUGUAAUUAAGGGCAGUUUCUAUUUUCUACUUGAUGAAAUAAAUGAUCUUUACA